AUGGGGGGCGCGGGGUCCUCAGGGAAAGCUAAGGGUUCCGGGGGGAAACGCCUGACCACAGCUAAAAAUCUGAAGUCGGACCGUCGGCUGGCUACCAAGAUUUUGGAGCGUUACGGUGGCAAGCAGGCUGACCAGAAAUUUGAUCAGCAUGCUAGGGCAGUUGAGUGGGCCAAAAGGGUGCUAAGCGAGGUCAAUGACGGGAAAGUGGGGCCAAUCGAACCCCACACCUCGAUGAAGCGACAGAGGUCACAGGAGGGGGAAUCCGCCCUCGGCAAGAAGCCUCGAGUCGGAGUGGCACCGAUGUUUAGCGAAAUCGCUAAACUUGCCAGCUCAAUUGAGCUCGGGCUUCCGGCCGAACCCUCUACCCCGACCGAAAUUGAGGAGAUAUUGCGGUACUGCAAUCCAUCUCUUCCCACCCAAGAUUGGAAGGUGGUUAGGCUGGAGAGGACCGAGGAACCAUAUCGGCGAGCGCUGAUACUCCUAAACAAGGAGUCCCUCUAUCCUCUCAGCAUUGCAAAGGGGGCCAUAAGCUAUGGCUUCGAGAGGGUCGUUCUCAAAAUUCUCCCAAUUAAAGGCAGGGCUGAUGGCCCGUUGCCACCAGCUGAGGUGGAAGAGAGUGGGAGAGCGACCCACUCUAAAAUGGACAUCGACCCCAUCCUCUCGGAUACGGUGAGCACGGAUGGCGAAUCGUCAUGCGAUAAUGGAUCCGUCUUCAGUCUCGAGCGCCUGUUCGAGGAUGCUGGGGUCGAUAGUACGGAUGAUGGUGCCGCACUCGCACUGCUGGAGAGGAGUUUAGAGGAUGAGGAUCUUCCAAAUUAA